AUGGGUACCCACAAAGAUGCUCCUAGCUCAACCCCCUCCGAAUACACACCACGAGCAUGUCUGACCCUCUUGGGCGCCUUCUGCGGCAUGUUCUGCACCGUGGGCUUCAUGAACUCGUUUGGUGUCUUCCUGGAAUACUACAAAACAGCACAGCUCUCCAACGAGUCCGAAUCCACCAUCGCAUGGCUGGCAGCACUUGUAAUCUUCUUCAUCUUCGGGGUGUCAGUCAUCUCCGGACCUCUCCUCGACACCUUCGGUCCCAGACUCCUCCUCUGCACCGGCUCCAUCGGAACCGUCUUCGCCAUCAUGAUGACCUCCCUCUGCAAACAAUUCUACCAAUUCAUCCUCGCCCAAGGCAUUCUCCUCGGAAUCUCCCUCUCCCUGCUCACCUGUCCCAUGAUCGCCCUAGUCGGCCAACACAUCAAGAUCAAGCGCGGCGCCGCCAUCGGCAUCGUCAUCGCCGGGUCUUCUCUCGGCGGCGUCGUCUGGCCCAUCGUCGUCCACGAACUUCUCCAGAAACCCAAUAUCGGGUUCGGAUGGACCAUGCGUACCGUCGGCUUCAUCAUGCUGCCUCUUCUCGUCAUUACCUGUGUCUGCUGCCAACCACCACAAACUAUACCCCCCUCCCCCGAAACCCCUUCAUCCACCCCCAACCAACCCACCGCCACCACAACGACAGCUAAAGACCCCUCAAUCCUCCACUCCAAACCCCUCCAACUCACCUGUCUCGCCUUCUUCCUCAUCUACUUCGGCAUGUUCUCCCCCUUCUUCUACACCACCUCCUACGCCAUCGCCCACGGCUUCUCCUCCAACCUCUCCUUCUACACCAUCUCCAUCAUCAACGGCGCGUCUCUCUUCGGACGUAUCUUCGUCGGUAUCAUCGCGGAUAAAUACGGUCGAUUCAACUGCUGUGUGAUCUUUACCCUGUUGUCUGGGAUUAUUGCGCUUUGUUGGACGAAAGCUACGGAUGUCGCUGGGUUGGUGGUUUUUGCGGCGGCUUAUGGGUUUACUUCGGGUGCAAUCCUCUCCCUCCAACAAGCCUGCGCUUUGCAACUCGCUACCCCCAGGACGGUGGGGUUGGCUGUGGGUGUGGUUAUGGCUUCGACGGCGCUUUCUGCGAUGGCCGGAAUCCCCAUCAGUGGCGAACUCAUCCAGAAAUACGGGUACCUGGCGCUGUCGAUUUACUCCGGGGUGAGUUUGUUGGUUGGAGGCGUGGUGUUGGGUGUUGCGAGGGGGAUGCAGAAUUGGGGGGUUGGGGUGGUUGUUUAA